UCACUUCUACACACAUUUGGUACGCAUGAAAGGGCCCAGAUUCGGCUUGAAACGAAGCUUCCCGGAGAAAACACAGCGCGCUGUAAAGCAUGAACGUUCCGUGACACGAACAGUUUUCCCCAAGUUUUCUACGCGUACGGAAGUGCAUUCGCAGCAGCUCUAGCGUUUCUCCAUUGUCGCUUAUUUCCAAUGCGGCAAGCCGUUUCUAUAGCAACCAUUGUGUUCGUGAGCCAAAAAGUGGUGGUGUUGUGAAGCAGACGAAAGAAGCAGGUGCUAGAAAAGUGAAGUUUUACCAGAUUUGCAUGAAGCACAGGUCCUUCGAGAGUUGGGAAGAAAAUAUUUGAAUCAAUACCGUGGCUGAUAAGUGAUUUGUUUGCUGCUAACUAUUUGUUUCCCCACUGGGAAAAAGGCAAAGAAUUGUGCGGUGAUAGCUGAGAUUGCGCUUGGAUACAUCCGGUGCCAUUUUAACCGUAAAAAUCUGCCUUCGAUUUCAGGUCAGCAUCCAUUUUAAAGCGCUAAGCGUAGGGCGGCCCGCCAGCAGUGUGCGUGUGUGUGCAGUGAAGCGUUUGUGGAAAGUGUUGAUAAAAAAGUGCAUUGGAAUAACGCCAUCAGUGGUUGUGUGAAUUAAAACACGGUGGUUUAUUGUAGGCGUAAAGAAAAAGGACACUGCUAAUCAUAAACGGAUCUCUUAUUUGGUGAUUCUUCGUUUCGUUGCAAAUUAUACAGAACCUGUUAAAGUGAGCGUUCCCGUAAAAAGAAGCCAACAUGCCUUCGUUGGGAAUAUCGUGCGUACGCUAUUUGGUGUUUUUCUUCAAUUUCCUGUUUGCGAUCACUGGCCUGGUCGUGAUUAUUACGGGAGCCAUCAUUCAAUCGAAUUAUUACCAUUACUCGAACUUUGUCGGCGAUAAUUUCUGGACCGCUCCGAUCGUACUUAUCGUAAUCGGGUCCAUCAUCUUCGUUGUGGCAUGCUUCGGUUGUUGCGGUGCGGCCAAGGAAAGUCCUUGCAUGAUCAUCACGUUUUCCAUCUUUUUGGCAUUGGUAUUCCUGGCCGAAAUCGGUAUCGGCAUUGCCGGGUACUACAAGCACGAGGAGCUGAGUGGUAUACUGGAGAAGGGUUUCAACAAGACACUCGAUAGCUACGCCACCGACAAGGGUGCCCAGGAAGCGUGGAAUCUCGUACAGUCGGAGAUGGUUUGCUGCGGUAUUAAGGGACCGGAAGACUGGGAACCGAUCUACAAGAAUGAUACUGUACCGAGGGCUUGCUGCCACCGGAUGCCGAUCGGAGUGAACAAGUGCACCAGGGAGUACGCCUCGACGGAAGGAUGCUUCUCGAAGCUGUCGAGCUAUCUCGGCUCGAAAUCGCUCAUUCUCGCUGGCAUUGGAAUCGGAUUGGCCAUUGUGCAGCUGAUUGCUGUUUUGUUGGCCUGCUGUCUGUAUGGAUCGUUCCGUCGCCAGUACGAGACUGUCUAAAUUUGAAGAAGGAUAUUGGAAUCCACCUGCAAUACAUUAGCAACUCUCCCAUCUGGUUGCUUUUGAAUUCCGCAAGGAUAAACAAAACCAUGUGGGGGGAAAGUUUACGUAUCAGCAUCAUCAACCGAACCGAGACCGAAAUCAAAAUAGAUGAAGAAAUCAUGUUCGGCCAGUUUAUAUUUCAGUACGAAUAAUGAUCAAUCAUUUUUAACUUCAAUAUUCCUGCGAGUGAGCUGGCGAUACACAGCUAAUGCCGUAAUGGUAAUGUUCUAGAAAAUCCAGUUAGAUUACUGUACAAGUUGUAGAUCAUGAAAGCCAGCGUUGUAGCAUCUUAAUACCUCCACACCUUUAUAGGUCAAAUAUCACUCGUCGCUCGUCCCACCUCUCCCAACCCAGCCAACAAAUUUCGAAUGGGAACAAAUGGAAAUCAAUAAUUUUUGCUCUAACUAGUAUCGACACGUGGUGUUGCUGUCGCAGUUGUUUUUACAAAACCAACAAUUAGAAGAAAGAAUAAAAAACCUCAACCGUACUGGGGGGCAAUAGAGGAGAUUAGGAAUAUUAUCAAGAUAUUUAAAAAAUCCCAAACCCCCUUAAACUGUUACGUGCCAUGCACGAAUGAAUCGUACACUUGUCCAUAGAAGCAGCAGGAGAAAUGGCAGCAGUUCAUCAAAAGCUAACCGAUAUAAUCAUUAUUAAGUAGCGACCGAGCAUGGAAGGGGAAUCAUGAGAACAGUGGAAAGAAGAAGGAUAAUUAUAAAUUUAAAAACUGAAACAUUAUCUGCACAUCGUGAUCGUAUUCGAGACCAAUCGCAAGGGAAAGUAGCAAGGCAGAACAGGUUAAUCGUACUGCGAAUUUUCGCAUUUUACUUUUGCUUUAGAUGGUGUCUAGAAAUUCCGGAACAGCCCUCCUACAACAUCCGCAUUCAUUGUGCUGCAUGAAUCUUAUAUUUGUGCCAGUAUACUGCUUACAUCGCCACAUUCCGGUCGUAGUACGUACACCCUACCACAGUGUUCGGUUUUGCGCUCUCAGUAGUAGUUGUGUGUUGUGUGGCGAUAAAGAUGAAAUACAACAAAAUGAUAAGAGGAAAAGGGACGUUAAAUCAGUUAAGAAUACGGUCGAGAUGUGGUAGUUUUACAAAUGCAUACAUGCUCUAGAGAUGCUGAAAGUUUCAACGCAAACUUCAUUCCAAACUUUACAUAGCGGUGGACGGAUCAAUUUGAAUUGAAAUCAUUCCUUCUUUUUUUUUGUUGGGCAGAAUUUAAGCUAAAAAAUUUGGCAAAUUUAAAACAUAUUUUUAAUACUAUUCAUUGAUAUUUUUGAUUGUGCUAGCUUCUAGAGCUGGCUAACAUCAAUUGGUAGCGCACCCAAUGCAGUUUACAAGUGAAGCUAAAUUUAUGUCGAACAUUUCUUGCAUCGAAUUGCACAGAGCAAUUGCAAUUGAAGGAGACGCACGAUUGAAAGUGAUUUAUACAUAAUAGAGAUUGUCGAUUGUUGUUGGUGCGAUUAAGAAUAACACAAUUUAAGCCCACUUACUGCACACGACACACGUUUUGCAUUCAUUUGCACGAUCUUAUACCACACGAAGAAUCUCACACGUUUGCUCAUAAAGAGAGAGAGAGAGAGUAGAAAAGAAAAGAAAACAGAUUGUGUUUUGUAAUAGUGGGUAAUACAAAAAAUCUCCGCCCAUGCUAGGUGAAAGGAUUACCGUAACUGGAUUUACAUCUGAACGAGUAAUUAUUUUAUUUAUCCAUUGGGAAGGCAUGCUUCAGAUUUGCCGCCACAAAGCGAACGAAAGUGCAAUGAGGAAAUGGAAUGCAUCGAGCGUAUGGGGAGAGUUACACACGUAUAAAUGAAACUAUUUACAACGCUGCUCAAAACGUAUUGAACAUAAUUAAAUAUAAUGAUUUUCUUUACUGUCAACCAAUGGUAUUCUAUUAUUUACCUCCUGGUUUUGCACGACACGUGGUUCCGUUUUGUUUUACCCAGUACACAUCACGGUACUACUUUUUGCUGCACUCCGCCAGUAUGAGAAAAACGCGUUUUAAAAUUUAAAAAGGCACAUAAGGGUAGUUUGGAUUGAAGAUGGUUUUUGUUUUGCUACUUUAUGCGCUGAUAACUAUUCCAUUCCUUUUUCAGUGUGUUGCGUCAAUGUAAGCCAGUAGAGAGUACAGUAACGAGUAACUGUGUUGAUAUUUUUAUAAAUGUAUUUUACUGAUUAAAUGCUAGAAAUCACCUUCAAUAAAAGGUAUAGGCCCGUACACGGCGAAACGGA